UGUUGGUCCAUCAGCGGAAAAAUUCCGGCAUUUCGGCGCGGCGCGACUCACGACGAACAUCAGAAAGCAGCGACUUCGAUGGAUUUCACCCGCGACAUGCAAAGAAGCUGAGAUCAUUAGAGAUCUACCAUCACAACACUCUUCGUCGUCAACAUGCCUCAAGCUCAGCCAGAAUUAAAAAAGUAUCUCGACAAGCGCAUCGAGGUUCAACUGAACGGAUCGCGCAAAGUCAUGGGCACACUGCGCGGCUACGAUGUCUUCCUCAAUAUCGUCCUCGACGAAGCUACCGAAGCGCGCCCCAACGGAGAAAAAGUCCGAAUCGGAAUGUGUGUGAUCCGCGGCAACUCCGUCGUCAUGCUGGAGGCGCUCGAUCGCAUUGGAGAUGACCACCACGGGCGAAGAUAAAAGGAAGCAGCAGCAGCAGCAGCAGCAGCAG